CGCUGGGAAAAGUUUGAGCAUCAAAAUGAAAAGACAGGCCGAGCGGGACACUAGUCCCGCAAGAGCUAUUGCCAAACGGAUACGGGAGAGAGAGCGAGAACGAGAGGGGAACCGCAGGGAAGAUGUACCGCCACCGCCGCUUGCUCUGCUGCUGGCGGAGAGUCGGAACUAUCACAAACACCAGGCGCGGAGCCGAAGCAGGGAGCGGGAAAAGCCCCGGUUAAGAGAAGAACGAGCUGCCGCGGGAGAUAGCCUGCAUCACCGCCCGCACCACGAACUGGGUCUCCUCGGUCGGCCUCCGCUGCGGACUACACCAGUAAUUCCCAAAGGUAACCACCGACCACCGCAGACCUCCUUGGUAGCAAGGGGAGCGAGUGGACUGGAGUACAAGACAUUACUCAUUAGCAACUUGGGUUCACAGUUAUCAGACGAACAUGUGGAGGACGGACUGUUUCACGAGUUUAAAAAGUUCGGAGACGUCAGUGUUAAAUUGUCGCACACUCCAGAACUGGGCCGAGUCGCCUACGUGAAUUUCAGGCAACCAGAUAACGCGAGAGAAGCGCGGCACGCCAAAGCCAGGCUGGUGCUGUAUGACCGGCCGCUUAAAGUUGAACCCAUGUAUAUGCGUCGCCGCAGCUGCACGCCGCCUGAUUGUUAGCUAUGUGCCUCUGCACGUCCUUAUCCCUACAGACAACGCUCUCUCUCUCCGGGUGCCGGAGGCAGUGCAAUUCGAGAUGUGCGACCCCGACAUUACGUCGAGGGCAUUGGACUUAGCAGAGAACGCGAGCGUGUUUUGGACUAUUACAGCGCCUUGGAAGAGAGAAGCCGUACCUAUGCUUACCAACUGCCUGAUGAGGAUUUAAAACCAGAGGAUGAUCAGAGAGCCACCAGGAAUUUGUUUAUUGGCAACCUGGAUCACAAUGUGUCUGAAGCAGAACUGAGGCAAGGCUUUGACAAGUAUGGGAUCAUCGAGGAGGUCGUUAUUAAACGUCCUGCCCGUGGACAGGGGGGUGCGUAUGCGUUCCUGAAAUUCCAGAAUUUGGACAUGGCUCACAGGGCCAAAGUAGCCAUGCAGGGCCGCCUUAUCGGCGGCAACCAGGUGAAGAUUGGCUAUGGGAAGGCCAACCCCACCACCCGCCUUUGGGUAGGGGGCCUAGGCCCCAACACCUCUCUGGCAGCCCUGGCCCGGGAGUUUGAUCGUUUUGGUAGCAUCCGCACCAUCGACUACGUUAAAGGGGACAACUUUGCCUACAUUCACUACGAGAGUCUGGAUGCGGCGCAGGCUGCCUGUGCCCAGAUGCGCGGUUUCCCAUUGGGUGGCCCCAGCCGCCGCCUUCGCGUAGACUUUGCAAAGGCGGAGGAGACCAGGGCGUACCCACAGCAAUACCAGCCAACCCUCCCGCUACCGGCACACUACGACGUCCUGGGUGACGGUUAUGGUCGUCACCGCAGCCUGGAGCGAGAGCUGAGAGCGCGGGUGCGCUCUCCAUCACACCCUCUGUUUGGCGAGCGUGAGCGUGACUGGAGCCCCCCCAAAGGCCUGGAACGGCGAGCAAAUCCGGAGGCGUUCGGCCGGGGGAGGCCCCGCAGUCGGAGCAGAGAGCGCUGGACGAAGGAGAGGGACGCAGAGAAGGUGGCUGGGAAGGGCUGGGAGGAGCGCCGCAAGCGCCGGAGCCGGAGCAAGAGCCGCAGCAGGAGCCGCAGCGUCAGCCCCGGCGAGCGUAUGUACGAAGAGAGAGGUCGUCCCAGGACGAGGGGAGUAGCUCCCUCCACCCCAGAGGACAGCCCCGACCGGGGCCGCGGCCGGCUCCCCGACUCCACCUCUGAGCCCCAGGACCACACCCCUGACAGCAGCCGGCACUCGGGUGACGAUCGGCCGGCGCAGGAUGAUGCCGGCCACGCACGGAAGGGAGGUGAGCCAGAGCGCAACCACCGCAAGAAUGAAGCGGACCCAGACUCGCAGACAGACAAGCCCCGCGGCGAGGCCAAGAAGCCGGGCACUCUCUCGGAGUACGCACAGACCCUGAGCCGAGUGUGGCACGGUUCGCUGGUUCUGAAGAACAGCUGCUUCCCCACCCACAUGCACAUGCUCGAGGGAGGGACCAGCUUCCUCCUUUCCCUCAUGAAGGACAAUCAGGUGGGUGGGACCAAGAUCGCUCAGCUCAAGAUAGCCCAGAGGCUGCGGCUGGACCAGCCCAAGCUGGACGAGGUAACCCGCCGCAUCAAGCUGGGCGGCCCCGAUGGCUAUGCGGUCCUGCUGGCUGUCCAGGGCCCCAUGGACCGUGAAUCGCCCCCUCCGGAGCCGGGCCUCCAGAAACGUCUGCUCCGCAACCUGGUAACCUACCUCAGGAACAAGCAGGCUGCCGGAGUCAUCGGUCUCCCCCUCGGAGGGCCCAGGGAGCGUGAGGUGGGGGGUAUGCUUUACGCCUUCCCUCCCUGCGACUUCUCCCAGCAAUACCUGCAGGCUGCUCUCAAAACACUGGGCAGAGUAGAUGAGGAGCACCUCGUUGUCGUGGUCGUAAAAGACUCACCUUAAUACUGCUUCGCUUCCGUUCCAGCCACUGUUUUCUUUAGAAAAUAUGGAGUCUUCCGAUUUGAACACUCCCAACCGUAAGUGGAUAAAAAGACCAGCUUUGCUUGUCAUAGUGGAUAUGGUUACGGCCUUUCACGCAGACUCGCCCGCUUAAUGGUGGACAUAUUUGGUUCCUUUCCAAACAGUUUUGAAACGGCUUGGCAUUUUUGUCCUU